GGCUAAAAACUGGUGGGUAAGUGCGCCUGCUUUCUGGAGUCUUGACGUCCCGCUGACACGGGCGGGGAAGUGAAAGGUGAAAGACACAACCAUGGGAGAAGUUUGUAAGGAGAAGAAGACAUGGCUUUGUGUCAUUUGGCAAAUCUGCAACGUUUUUAUGUCUUUGUUCUUCGCUCUUGCAUCAUACGUACAGAUAAAUGACCCAGACGCAGGUUUGUGGAUGGUUGGUUAUGGUAUUCCAGCAGUCCUGUGUGUAUUUGUUGGUCUGAAGCCUCAUGUGACAGAGACUUUGCCCUGGAGGCGUGUUGCAGAUCUCCAUGUGAUGAUUUCCAGCGCGUUUGUUACCAUGUUAGGAUGGGUACUUUACAAAGAACAAAUCACGCAGGUCUUUCAACAGGAGGAGGGCAGAGAAUUUUCUGGUCUCUUGUUGACAAUUGUUUGGCUUCUCUUGUGUCGCCACUCUGGAAGAGCUCCUGUCGGGAUGUGCCGAGUCUCCACAGCUGUUGCCAUCACAGUCUUCCCCUUUGUGGCCUGGCUUUACUACUACAUCAAUAAGGAGCUGAGGUUGAACUGGCCGUCACAUUGUAAAACUGCUAUUUAAAUUCCCACUUCUUUCCUGAUACAACGUUCAUUUUUCUUUUGUUCUUUGACUGAAAAUCCUGAACCGAGAAUGCUGCUUUUGAAGAAUUAAUGAAUCCAAAAAUAUGUCAGGUAUACUGACGUGGUUUUUUUUUUUUUUUUACAUUAUUUUCCACCAGUGUUAUAAAAUUAAUUUUGGUAUAAGUUAAAUAAAUGUGUAAUUCUGAACUAAAUGAUAUAAAAUAUAAUAAACUGAAUCGUAAAACA